AUGACGGGCUCAAUAUUGAACCUCCUGGUGCCUGAGCGCUACCACCUGAACAUGGACCUCAGCACCAGUUCGAGCGGCAGCGCCGUAGGCACCGCCAUGGACCUCGCCGCCGCAGCCCCAGGCACCGAAACCGACGGCUCCGUGAUUUCGCCCGCCGAGGUCGCCAGCCCAAUGCUAAAACCUCAAGGGCCGUGGCCCCGAAAUGCUAGUCCUGGAGCUACAUGGGAGAGAGGCGGUAGAAACGUCUUGGCUUGGGGUAGAAUAUGGGCAGUUAUGGCACGGCGUCGCUAGAAAGUUAGAAUGAGGGACGAGGUGGACCUUCCAUUGUCUUCGUGACAAUGCAGCUUCAAUGUUGUCUGUGAGCGUUUGCCAAUCGG